AUGCUGGCCGAAGGCGUAGAGCGCAGGCGCCGGCGAGUCACCUUGCUCCACCACGCCCUCGGCCUGCAGCACCUCGUGGACCGGACCAUCGGCGUCCCACAGAAGAAAGCCGCAUACCUGCAACUUGCGGACGAUGGCCGGACGGCUAAUGCAAUCCUACGCGCUACGGCCGUCCAGCGGAAGUGCGAAGGAGGGCGGCCAAGGCAUCCGUCCCGGCGCGCGCAGAAGGAAGUGUUGGCCGGUGCGUAUGGCGCUGUCGAGCACCUCGAGCUGCUGGAGAAGAGACGCCGGAGAGCGUCACCGGCAACGCCACCAUCGGGCCUGAGGGACGGCGCAUCGCCGACCGCGGCAAGCACUUCCGCUCGCGCGAGGCUCCUGAUGACGGCGGCAAGCGCCUCGUCGAGCAGGAGUUGGAGCUGCGCAACGCCUCAGCUACCUGUGGCACGGUCAAGGCAACGCGGCGUGCCGAGUCGACCUGCAACAGCUCUGCCGCGAUUUCUUGGCGGGGCGCUGGCGGACACCACGUGGGAUUGCGCAGUGCUGCAUGAGUUCUGUUUGAGUAGUGUCGUAUAG